CUGAAAUUACAAUAGAUGGUAAAACUUUUGCGGAGAAAUAGCUGUUACUGAAAGCGAAGCUGACUCACGUGCCUUAGCUCAACAUUUGCCCCAGCGAAUUUUCAAGAAAUAUUUAAUCAUGGCGCCUAGCGAACGGGAGUCAAUGGGAUCGCCAUUUGUUUUUAUCCUCUCUGUGGGCGCGAUUCAAAUUUUCGGGAUCUUGGCCAUGGUUCUCACUGGCAUAUGGAUGGGAAAAUAUCUCGGUGGAUUUGCUUGGGAUGGAACAGCUCACGAGUUUAACUAUCAUCCUCUAUGUAUGGUUAUCAGUAUGGUGUUUUUAUACAGCGAAGCUAUGAUUGUGUAUCGAGUGUUUCGCCAUGAAAACAAAUUCUUCAUCAAGCUGGUUCACUUUGGUCUUCAGCUAGUAGCCUUUGUAAUUGCAGUCUUGGGUCUGAAGGCUGUGUUUGAUUUCCAUAACCAUAAUGGAAUUCCUAAUCUCUACAGCCUCCAUAGCUGGUGUGGAUUGUCGACCAUAAUUCUCUUCUCUUGUCAGCUUCUUUUUGGUUUUGUGAGCUUUCUUUUCCCCAAGCUGCCAGACGGUCUUCGUGCAGCAUACCUUAAAGUACAUGUGUUCUUUGGUAUGUUUAUUUUUAUGAUGGUCAUUGGCACAGCGCUCAUUGGAAUCAACGAGAAGCUUUUCUUCCAGUUGAGCACAAAAUAUUCCACACUACCUGCUGCGGGGCAACUAGGCAAUGUGCUGGGCAUCACACUUAUCAUUUUAGCUGGCACAGUCAUGUUUGUGGUGACAAACUCUGCAUUCAAGAGGGUUGACACAGAUGAAGAACGUGUGUCCUUGAUGAAUGACAAAUAAUUUAACAAUAUUCAUUAUUUUACAGUGGAGUCUUGUUAUCUUGAAUCACCAGUAUAGAGAAUAUAUGAUCACACUUUCAACACAUUAUCCAACAAAAAGGUAAUUGAGAGUGAAUAAAUAUAUGAGCUGGAGGCUGUUUGCUUGAUACAAAACCAAAUUCUCUAACUUCGUUUAAAAAGAGAUUCAUAUUGGCCCGAAGGGAGAAUUACUAAAUCAUGAUCAGAUCAUGGAAUAGUUGAAUCCACCCCUGAAAUGUGUCCUUGUGUGUGUGAUGAGAAAAAGGUUAAGAUAUUAAGGGCUUGAGAUAUCCAGACUCCACUGCAUUGAAAAUAUUGAUUUUAAAAAUAAUGGUUAUUUGAAGGAUUGUUUGAGCAGCAAAAGAAAAAUAAACUUUACUUAAUCCUUUAACUCACAAAAGUGAUUAACAUGCAACUUCUCCCUAAAAUAUCUGUACAUUUUUCAGCAAACGCAUUAUGAGAAUGUUCAAACUUAUUAGGUAGAAUUUGUUGUAUUGAUCUUACACCAAAUUCUCAUAACCAAUUUACAAGGAAAUGUGUAGCAGCUGGAGGGGAGAAUUAACAAUCAGAUCUUGGGAGUUAAAGGGUUAAGAGACCAGAUAACAUGCCUUGAAUGGAGUGGUGUUCUGAAAACAGAUUUUGCAGUUUGCAUUGGGGACCUGUAAUAAUUGUUACAGUUGUCUGUUCAAGCAGCUCAACAAAAUUAAAGAAGCAAAAUUGUAACUUUUUCAAAUUUUGUGACUUGUUGAGUUAUUUAGUGAGGAGCUUCCUGUUUCGUCAACUGGAGAAGUGCAUUGUUAGUAAGUUUGAAUGAGCAACAUUCAAAUUGACACAUCAAGACUAAUAGAAGUAUCCACCAUUGUAUUUGAAAGGAUUUUUUUUGGGGGGGGUAGGAUUUUUUUUUUUUUACAGAUUAAGAGCAAUCCCUGAAAUUGACAAAAAUAAAGCACUGUCAAUUUUAUCAUGCUCCAUCGCCAUGGUAACAGCUAUGUACCCAGUGGAUAGUGAUGUUUAUUGUCUAAACAGUCAGGACCUAUGGUGGAUAAAUUUUAGGUGUAUAUUAAAUUUCCAGUCAUAAAAAAUUGAGAAUACAAUU